AUGCAGAAAGAACACAAAGAUUAUCUUCAGCGUAACUUCGUGAAAUUGGACAGAGAAACACCGGUGGAUGUUAUAAUAGAUCAUCUGUACCAGAGCGGAAUACUUACUGAUGAAUUGAAGGAAGAUAUUUUACAACAGACAAAUUCGUAUUCCAGAACUAGACAAUUAAUAUCCAUCAUUCAGAGAAGAGGUUCAGAAGCAUUCGAUUGUUUUUGCACUGCACUGGCUAUGGAGGGAAAAUCAAACAUGAUAGAAUAUAUCCAACAGCUAGACGUGAGACAGCGUUGGAAGAUUCCUGAUUCAAGUCAAAUCGUCCCAACAAAGAAAGGUAUUUCUUUAACAUACGAUAAGUGGGAAGCUCUUAAAGGAACAUUUACUGAAGUCAGACAGGUUGUACCAGAAUUCGAAGACAUUGUUCCUUGUAUCUUAGGCGAAGAUCAUCAAUUACAGAUGAAAAUCAGGAGGAAACACAGGUCUAGUCCUUCGUCGGGAUUUCACGAAGAUAAUUAG